AGAUUAUGUUAUUUACGACGGGAACUUCCGAUCUGUGUGUUUGUGGACCGUAACUUCUUAUCACAGCUUCGUCACCAAAACAAGAAACUGAGGAAGCGCUGUGGUCGAGAAACGUCAAAGAUACUAAAAAUAGAUCAUACAAAAAUCGAAGAUAUAAAACAAGACAGUAAUACACGUGUAAUAAAGUCAAGGGUUUUAAAGGAAUAACAGUUAGGGUACGAAGCUGCGGCCGACAGGGGAGGAACCCGGGUUUUGCCUGCUGACUGUUGCUGGGGGAGAUAGCGGCUGGUAAGGGGAAGACAGCCAGUCCGACUGCCUUUGCGGAACAGGUGUUGGAGGGGGAAGCAGGGAUCGACUAGGGGUCAUAUAAAAUCACUGAAAUACCUGGAGGGGAAACCCAAAAAGAAAUAAACUGGUAGCAAAAGAAAGGUUUCCACGUUCCUGUCAACAUUUGUAUAGGAUCAGGGGGUGGUUUCAGCCUGAAGGAGCCCGAGGGAUUGCCGGGUGGCCAGCCGGAGACACGGGGAGCAGGAUUGGGAAGCAGAGCGGAGCGGGUGCUGCGGGGGUGGCGGAGAAGAUGGCAGGCAGCCCCGAAAAAAGCGCCUCCGCCCAGGAGCUGAAGGAGCAGGGGAACCGGCUCUUCCUCAACCGCAAGUACCAGGAAGCGUCAGUCUGCUACAGCAAAGCUAUCAACCGGAAUCCCUCAGUGGCAGUAUACUACACCAACCGGGCUCUGUGCUACGUGAAGCUGCAGCAGCAUGACAAGGCCCUGGCUGACUGCAAGCAUGCCCUGGAGCUGGACAGCCAGUCAGUGAAGGCACACUUCUUUCUGGGCCAGUGCCACCUGGAGUUGGAGAACUAUGAUGAGGCCAUCGGCAACCUUCAGAGAGCCUACAACCUGGCUAAGGAGCAGCGGCUGAACUUCGGAGAUGAUAUCCCUGGAGCGCUCAGGAUAGCAAAGAAGAAACGCUGGAACAACAUCGAAGAGAAGCGCAUCAACCAGGAGAACGAGCUGCACGCCUAUCUCACCAAACUCAUCCUGGCAGAGAAAGAGAGUGAACAAGCAGACUUCAGAGAACAACAUGAGAACUUGGAAGACAACAGAUGCAAGAAUGAAUUAGCAAAGAUUGAAGCUAAGCACGAUAAAUACUUGUCAGACAUGGAAGAGUUGUUCUCGCAAGUAGAUGAAAAAAGAAAGAAGCGGGAUAUCCCUGAUUAUCUAUGUGGAAAGAUCAGCUUUGAGUUGAUGAGAGAGCCCUGCAUUACCCCCAGUGGAAUCACGUAUGACCGCAAAGACAUAGAGGAGCAUCUACAGCGAGUUGGACACUUUGACCCUGUGACCCGGAGUCCCUUAACCCAGGAUCAGCUCAUCCCAAACCUGGCCAUGAAGGAGGUGAUCGACGCCUUUAUCUCAGAGAAUGGCUGGGUGGAGGAUUACUAACCCGCAGGGUUCAAGACCAACCGAGAUGCCCUCCUGGAUUUGCACUUUAGCCCAGCGGCCAUGCGACAGACUGCCUUACGGAGCACGAGCCCCUGGAAUCUCUCAUUUUACCAUCGUUUUAAUCUGCUCUCAAAGGCUGGGAACUGAUCCCCAUGGAAAAAAAAAAAGCAUACAAAAAAAAAAAAAUCACACAGUACUUGUGGCUACUACAAAUCAUUUUGAAUUUCCUUGUCAAUAAUACCCUUUAUUCUUUUUAUGUGCACUGAACACAGUCUACUUGUUGUUUUAUUAGCCCUUAUAACUGGUUCAACAUCCAGAACCUGGUAGGUGCCAGUUUUCAGUCCUAGGUAUUCCACUCACUUCGCUGGCUGUGGUUUUCAGAUUGGGCCACUAGUUCUUUUUUUUUUCCCUGUGAUUCAGCCACCUGCUUGCAAGUCAUGGUUACAAGUAUCGGCACCCGUAGAAAAUGGAGCUCUUGUUUGAGGGGAGUAACUGGAUAACGGAUCUAGUCCACAUCCCUACCACUCAACCAUACUAGGGUACGCAGAAAGCUAUGUUUUCCAAAUACAGCAAAAGAGGUUGUAUUUAAAAAUGUAUUGCACACUUUGCUGCCUUCAUCCCAUGAGAUUUAAAGAACACAAGACACAGGCUUGGGGUAAGGGGGGUUAAGGGUGGGGGGAGGAGGAAGUUGGAGUUGGAUAUAUUGUAUUGUGUAUGUAUGAAGUGUUUGAAAUCUCAAUACUGUCUUUUCUUCAUUGGUAUUCAUAAAGCUGUGGCAUCACAAUAACGGCAUGGUAAUGUAGCUCUGUAGUGGUUUUGCUGUUUUGCAUUUGUGUCCCACACUGGUGUGGUACUACUAAGGUCUAAAUACAGUUUUCUGAACUGCCUAUCCCUGUGUUACUCCACCCAUAUGCCAAACACACACACUAUAAAAGUGAUUGUAGCUAGCACAGUAAUUCUAUAUAUAUAUUUUUUUAAUCUUCAUAUCUCUUUAAAUUGUCUAUAGCAGGGGUCUUCAAUGCUGGUCCUGGAGAGCUACAAGGUCUUCUGGUUCUCAUUUCAACCAAGCUCUGUUACUUAAUUGAAGCAAUUAUUGGCUGAAUUAGUCAAGAUUAACAGGUGUUCCAGAUCUUUAGCCAUUGACGAUGCAGACACCUGUAAAACCUGCAGGAUAGGGGCUCUCCAGGACCAGGGUUGGAGACCCUGCCUAUAGCCUAAUUUCAUUUCAUGGUGAUGCUUUUGUGCUGAUAUUUUGCAGCUAUGUUUUUAAAUGUGUAUGUAGUGGAGAUUUCCUUACGUAUGUUACAUUUAUAUAUAUUUCUAGCCGAAGAACCACUUAUUCAAGUAUGCUGAAACAUGGAAAGACCAUUAGUUUGUAAAAUCUAUGAAAAAGUCAAGAAGCCAAACGUUUCGCCGAAUGCCUCCUUCAGUGUACUCCAUGAAAUGUUUGUCUUCUCUUUUACCUCAGAAUUCUGAUUGAGUGUUUUUGAAGUAAAUAAUUAGAUUUUGAGACUUGCAGAAUCUGGGUAUAUAUGCAGGAACCUUUGUCAGUAUGUCACAAAUACAUUUUGUUCAUGUAAUUUCUUUUAAAUGUAUGGUGCUUAUAAAACCAAGUGCACUGGGAGUUUGUGGAACCAUACAUACAGGUCAUGAACAGUCUGCAGUAUGAUUGUUAAACUUGCUGCAUCUGUAAAAACGUGGCUAAUUGUAACAGUUUUAUCGAGUGCGUGGUCACUGUACCCUUGCUGAAAGGCUGUAAACCAGGGCCAGGGGUGUGGGUCCCUUCGAGUGGGAGAAAGAGAUUGGAAAGCUGGAGUUGAGUGCUGAGAUGGUAAGUGCAGAGGAUUUUUUUUCCAUUCUCACAUCUUUUGCAUUAAGAAUAUCUGUUAUAAAUAGCUUAUUUUCAAAUCCAAACACCCCUUUAUGUUGACAGGUUCGUUUUCAUAGAUUUUGUUUUUUUUUCGGGGUGGGGGGGGCGUAAAAUGUGGUGGUUUACCAUGUUUACUUUUACACAAAUUGUAAUUUCCUAACUCUAAUUUUGAACCAUGGCAGGGAUGUAUGCUACUGACAAAAGGGAAGUUUAUUCCAUGUAACACAGUUUACCCUAAAUAAACAGAUUUUCUUUCUUUGCACAGGGUCUUCCAAGAAGAAUGGAUCUGAUCACAGCUGUCCUUUUGCGGUGUGUUUACUCCUAAUGUUCAGCCUCUAAUGGAAGGAGAUGUGUGCACUGUGUCAGAUGUAGAGUAAAGAACACCUGCACUCCUAGGCGGUCAGCUGCAUAUGCAUUACAUCCUGAUUUAAUCUCAUUCACAAUAUACUUUACAUUGUAGGUGCGUUACAUGGUUUCUGCAAGGCUGUUGUCAGUCUGGACACAAUACUUUAGUAUAUAGGAUACACCAUAAACAUUCAGAGGGGCAAUUUCCAUUGAAAAAGAUAAAUAAGUCUCACCUUUUCAUCACUGAAUUCCGGUAGUACUUUCGAAGUGUGUGUGUGUUUCCAUGUGGUUUUCUUUUAGUCAGAUAAAUUCUCCUUCCAGAUGCAAAUAACCUAAUUAAUAUUAAAAUACAGGAGGGUGGAUUUAAAUGUUUGUGUACGAGUUCCGAUUUGGCCUGUGCAACUACUGAUAUCGUACAGCUUUCCUGGGCUUGCACAAAGUUUAUGGGUUCUGUUAAAACACUGAAAGUGCAGCCUGGUUUAUUUGGCCACCAAAAAAAAAAAACAAUAAUAAAAUUUAAAAAAAAUUC